AUGCCAACGGACGUCAUUUCCAGCGUCACGACAGGAGCGCGGUGUUAUAUUCCUGACAAUGACGUUGCGUGGCUUCCUGUUUAUGUUGAGUCUGUAGAUGAAGACGCACGUCUUGUGACUGUCCGGAUUCAACGGCCACGACCAGAGUGUCCAAUGGAUCAUGACGAUAGUGACCGAAGUGGCGAAGUGCGUGUUGUGGCCUUGUCAACUGGGUUUCCAUUGCAAAAUGCAAAACUUUCACGCCACAUCCAAGGUGUUGCAAAUAUGAUUGAUUUAAAUCAUUUGCACGAAGCGGCUAUUCUUCGUAAUUUACGAAAACGCUUUCAUUCCCGACUGCCGUAUACGUAUACAGGCGACAUUUGUUUGGCCGUGAAUCCGUACCAAUGGCUUGAUGAGCUUUAUACUCCUCGAUUGCAUACACAGUAUCUUGAGGCACGUACACGACAGGAACUUCCCCCGCAUGUGUACGCAGUAUCCGUUGCAGCAUUUAAACAUAUGUGCGAACACAGUCAAAAUCAGAGUAUACUUGUUAGUGGUGAAUCAGGUGCAGGGAAGACAGAGACGACAAAAAUAUUAAUGGAUAAUCUUGCAAUGAUUGCAUCAUCAUCUUCGACAACAAAAGGUGCUGAUGACAGUAUCACAAGUCGAAUUAUUCAAGUUAAUCCGUUGCUUGAGAGUUUUGGCAAUGCAAAAACCACACGCAAUGACAAUUCGAGUCGAUUUGGCAAAUUCACGCAACUUCAAUUUGAUGCAAAUGCGAAACUUUGUGGCGCCCAAUGUGAAACGUACUUAUUGGAAAAGACACGAGUGAUUAGUCAUGAACGAGGUGAGCGCAAUUAUCAUAUUUUCUACCAAUUACUACACGGUACGACGGAAGCUGAAAGUGAUGCCAUGGGAUUGGGUCCGAAUGGCCCAAAAUUUGGCUAUUUACAAGAAAAAGAGCCGCAAAAUGUGAAUCGACAUGGACGAAAGAUAAAAAGCGAUGAAGUGGAGCCUGUUAAGCCUCAAGCUGUGCAAGAAGCCGAAAUUGCGAAAGAUCGCGCGCGAUUUGCCAAGACACGCGAAGCUUUGACGUUACUUGGACUUACGCCAGAGCAACAAAUUGGGCUAUUUCAUGUUUUAUCUGGUAUCUUACAUUUAGGUGAAGCCCAAUUUGUGACGAAAAUUGAGAAUGAUGAAGCGUGUGACCUUGUCAUGGAUUCGGUGGUUUAUUCAAGUUUACUGCUUGGGUUAGAUCCUGAGAUGAUGGCCACUGCUUUAACCCAUCGUACAAUGAAAGCUGCGGGUGACGUGUAUCGUGUCCCACUUACCGUUGACCAAGCGCUGUCAGGACGAGAUGCACUCGCCAAAGCAAUUUAUGCCAGUAUUUUUGAUUGGUUGGUGGCAGGAAUAAAUGCAAGUUUAGGGGCUGCAUGUCAAGUGACUCGUACCACAAUUGGGGUUUUGGAUAUUUUUGGGUUUGAAAGUUUUCAGUACAAUUCAUUUGAACAACUUUGUAUCAAUUAUGCAAAUGAAAAGUUGCAAGAAAAAUUUACUCAAGAUGUUUUUCGUGCGGUGGAAGAAGAAUAUGAACGAGAAGAAAUUACAUGGGCACAUAUUGCAUAUGCUGAUAAUUCGGAUACACUUGCAUUAAUUGAUGGACGAAUGGGUAUUUUGGCUUUAUUAAAUGAAGAAAUUGUACGACCUCGUGGAAAUGAAGAAGGUUUUGUGAAUAAACUUGCAAGUGCAUAUUUAAAACAAAAACAAUUGAUUGAUUUUCCACGAACAAGUAAAACGCAAUUUGCAAUUCAUCAUUAUGCUGGGACUGUUUUAUAUGAAGCCAUGGGGUUUUUAGACAAACAUAAAGACGCACUUUUGUCAGAUCUGUCCGAAUUAAUGUGUCAUAGUCAUGAAUCGUUGCCACAAAUGCUUUUUAAAGCUAAAGCUGAAAUGGAAGCAGCUGAAAGUAAACGUUUAAGCUCAAGUUUACGUAAAAGUGGUGGCAAUGGAGCGGAGAAGACAGUUGGAAUGCAAUUUAAACAAUCGUUAACUUCACUUAUGACGACAAUUAGCACUACAAAUGUGAAUUAUAUUCGAUGUAUUAAACCUAAUAGCAGCAAAAGCUCAAUAGAGUUAGAAGACAAGAUGGUUGCAAAUCAAUUACGAUGUGCUGGUGUGAUUGAAGCGAUUUGUAUUGCUCGAGCAGGAUAUCCGAAUCGUCUUUUACAUGCUGAAUUUGCCACACAAUUUCAACUUUUUCUAACUGCUAAUGACCAAGUGAAGUUACAGCAAGAUCCAGAUGCAAAUAGCUCAAAUUUUUUGAAAUUAUUACUCGAACAGUUUGAUUUAGAAACACCAGAAGAAUAUCAAAUGGGACGUACUCGCAUUUAUCUUCAAAAAGGAGUAUUAGAAAAGCUUGAGCGUGUAAAAGCAAAGAGAUUAUUUGCAUAUGUAGCCAUGAUCCAAGCUCAAUGGCGUGGGAAAUUAGCACGGUGUCAGUAUCAUUGGAUGAAAGCUGCUUUGCUUACACUUCAGCGACGAGCUAAAGUGUUUGUCAUUCGUACUCGUUUUCUUUGUAUAAAAGCUGCACUUGCUUUGAUCCAACGGGUAUGGCGGGGUUACAUUGGUCGUUGUAUCUUUCAUUCGAUCUUGCGUGACCACUGUUGUCUAACACUCCAGCGUGUGUGGCGGGGAUAUACUGGACGUAAAACGUUUCUUUUUGUGCUGCGUUCCAAACGUGCCGUUCAGAUCCAAAGGAUGUGGCGUGGUCACAAAGGACGACAGAUUGUUGCAGCUGUGAUACGACAGAUUCGUGCAGUGCAGCUGCAAUGCUGGGGACGACAAUAUUUAGCGCGACAGGAACUUCAUCGACGUCGUGUUGCGCAUGAUGAGAAGCUUAAGAUUGAGGCACAAGAACGUCUUGCACGGGAAUUGGCGAGAUUAGAAGAAGAACGUCGACGUGAAGAGGAAGAACGGAGACAAGCUGUACGACUAGCAAGUGCCGUGGUUAUUCAAACGUACGUACGAGGAUACUUUGCUCGAUGUGUCUUUGCCGACAUGUUACAUCAAGCUGAAGAAGAUAGACGUCGCCGACGUGAAGAAGAAGAAGAGCGUGAACGUAUUCGUUUGCAGCGUGAACACGACGAGCGUGAAGCGCAACGUCGUAUUGCAGAAGAAACCGCGCGAGAAAAGAAACGGGUGGAUGACGAGCGCAAACAGAAGGCGAUUGCCAUGCGUGUGCGACGGGAAAAGGCCAUUAUAGUCAUUCAGCGGGUCGUUCGAGGACAUUUGACGAGAAAACACGUACGAAAGAUGCAACGUGCAGUGAUAAGUGUGCAGCGAGUAUUACGUGGAUAUUUAGCGAGAAAACAAGUGGCAAGAAUGGAGGAAGAGAUAAGACAGAAGGAACUAGAAGCGGAGGAAGCUGCUGCUUUGCGACUUCAGAGCUUGCAACGUGGCCGAUUGGCGCGUCAGGAAUUUUCCAGGUUUAAAUUGGAGAUCAAGCGUGAAAAGGAGCAAGCGAUGCGAAUUCGUACAGUCAAGAAAGAUGACGUGAAUCUUGCUCGUAUAGUCAAAAAGAAUGACGUGAUUCGUACUGGUACAGUCGAGAAGGAUGAUCGGACUCGAUCUCGUGCCAUCGUCAGCAAGACAGAGAAGGAUGAAGAGCUUGCACGGGUUUUAGAAGAGAACACUCAACUUAAAAAGCAGUUGGCGGAGCUGCAGAAAAAAAAUCGAGAGCUUGAGGCUGUUGUGGCCGAAUGUCGUUGUGAUCGUGAUGUGGUCAAAGCUUCUACGAAUCUUAAACGAGUUGAGCUCACACAUCGAUUAAAAGCGAAACAUUCCGAGCUUGACCGAACUCGUGGAGAGUAUUCAGCGUUGCGCGACUUUCUUGAAAAAUCUGGCAGUUCACGUCGGUCGACAGAGCCCGAAGAGUUAAAUUCAUCGGAUAAUUCAUCAGAUAGUUCGUCAAACUAUGGUGAUGAAGAGAAUAAUAAUUGGAAAGAAGAUCGACCGACUGUGAAUUCGCUAUCUGCGUCGUAUUAUGGUGGUGACCGUCCAUCAAAAGAUAUUGCCAAGUUACUAAGCAGUAGUCAAACGCGACUUGCAAAUGCUGUGCAUCAUCGUCGACAACAAGCGAGUCAUGUGGUUCAACAACGAAAACAACAAGCGACGAAUGCAAUGCAUCAUCGAUUAGAACUGAAUGCUCAACGAAGGGAUCAUCGAGAAGAUUUUACGAGGUCAAUGCCGAUAGUUUCGAGGACGAAAAAAUGGGCAACAUUUUCGAGGCAUAAGAGUGGAAAAGGACCCUCAGUGAUGUCUCCGGUUGGUUAUGGGGAGUAA